AUGGGCUGCACGCAAUCCUCCACGAUCGACGAGAACGUCCAGAUCGCGACCAUCAACAGCGUGUCGGUUGCGCCGCCCGACGAUGUUGUCGUGACGACGUCGUACGUCAUUUCGACGACGUCGGUCGACGGCAACGGCGUUGUCUUGUACCACAUUGAGACCGACGGCGUUGUCGCCAAGAAGCGCUUCAACGACUUCAAGGUCUUCCACAGCGAGCUCACGACCGUGAUCGAGGCUGUGCCGGCGCUCCCCGACUCGGGCCUCGCCACGGUCUUCAAGCGCCGUGACGAAAAGCUCAUCAAGGAGCGCUCGGCGCGCUUCCAGGAAAUCCUUGACGCGGCCGCAGCCCACGCCGCCGACCGCCUCCAACAGUUUGUCGUUGCCGCCGUCACGGACGACGUCGCCACCAAGGACAUUACGGUCGUCGAAGAAAUCAACGUGGUCGUUGUCGACGAAGCGCCGGUGCAGGAACCCGUCGCUGACGCCGAAGUUGCCGAGGUUGCCGAGGUGGCGGUCGUCGAGGCUGAGGCCGAGGCUGAGGUCGUCGCUGUUGUUGAAGAGAUCGCAGCCGUCGAGGUCGAAGCUGCUACCGCCGUCGAGGAAGAAGUCGCUGCCGCUGUUGAAGACGCCGUCGUUGCCGACGAUGUUGCUGCCGUUGAGGCCGCUGCCGAGGCGUCGAUCGCUGAAGAAGUCGUCGUUGACGACGCGCCGGCGGCGGAAGAGCCCAAGGUCGUCGCGGCCGAGGCGGCCCCGAAGCCGGUCGCUGCGUAAGCGGUCCACGUCAUUUUAUUCCUUCUUGUACACUACGGAAGCGCCACUGCGCGUGCUCAUAACAACGCCGAACACAUCAACUUGAUAUUGUUUCCACC